AUGGUUGUUCAGGUUAGUAGACUCACACGACACGUGUGCACACGUGGCCAAUACCAUGAUGUUACAUCAUUAGAUAGCUCCUUGAAGACAGGUAUCGGUAGGCGACACCGAUCACUUCCCAGGUUUCGGAUUAUCAGACUACCUCCGCCGGUUCCUGGUGACUUAUCGGGACGAGGGGGAUCAAUAUGGGCCUUCACAGGGACGAUAAGUGGGCAUCUACUGAUAACAGGAAGGGAAGCCUUGAUACAGAGGACUUCAACAUCCAGCCUUUAA